AUGAACGAAAGACACGAACCCGAGUCCGAGCCCGAGAAGGACAUCUACCAGUUCGAGAAGGCGCAUGCGGGCCCGACUGUUGACAUGAAUGAGGACGAACAUGAGAACUCUAAGAUCGAAGCUGUCCGUCUAGUUGUGCCUAUCACCGAUGACCCAACGUUGGUUUGCAUCACCUUCCGUUUCUGGAUCCUCUCCCUCUUCUUCUCCAUCAUCGGCUCAGUCAUCAACGAAUACUACUACUUCCGCGUCAACUAUGGCACCUUCUCCAUCUACUUUGUCAACCUCGCCUCUUACGCCCUUGGUACUGGAAUGGCCCGCAUCCUGCCGACCAACAAACUCACCAUCGGGAGUUACUCCAUGUCGUUCAACCCAGGGCCUUUUAAUAUCAAAGAACACGCCGUCAUUGGGAUUGCGGUUUCGACAGCUUCUACAGUCGCGUAUGCGACUGAUAUCUUGACCGUUACGGAUCUGUUCUUGAGCCAUCGGAUUAAUGCAUUGGGGUCUAUUAUACUUAUUAUUACGACUCAGUGUUUGGGGUAUGGGAUGGCUGGUGUUCUGAGGAAGUACUUGGUCUACCCUGCUGAGAUGAUCUGGUGGAGCAAUUUGGUCCAGGUCGUGUUCUAUAACGCUAUGCACAACACCGACGAGUUCAAGACCAAGAAGAUGAUCCACGGGUGGUCGUAUAUGAAGUACUUCUGGGUCUUCUGUGGAGGCAUGUUCCUCUGGGAGUUCGUUCCUCAGUACCUGGCGCCAAUGUUCGUGUUCUUCGACUGGAUCUGCUGGAUCUCCCCCUUCAAUAUGGAUAUCGGCAGUCUGUUCAACUCCUACACCGGUCCCGGAAUCCUCUCCCUCUCCUUCGACUGGACCUCGAUCGGUGGCUCGACCAUGUGGCUCCCUCUAUCAGCCCAACUCUGCAACUAUGGUGGUAUCAUCUUUUCCUACUGGAUCAUCCUCCCCAUCCUCUGGUUCACUAAUACCCUUGGUACAAAGUCCUUUGGUGAACCUCUUACCGCCGCACUCUACUACACCAACGGGACCUAUUUCGACAUCGCGCCGUACCUGAAUGACGAUUUUUCGCUGAACAACACGCUCUACGAGGCUGGUCCCCCAGUGACCAUGACACCCAUGUACGCCCUCGGGUUUUUUUUCUCCUUCGUCGCCCUGGCCGGUUGUGUCUCCCAUAUCAUAUGCUUCAACGGUGCCGACAUCAUGAAGUCCUGGAAGUCAGCGGUAGGCAGCGACGAUGAGGACAUCCAUACAAAGAUGAUGCGAACCUACCCUGAGGUGCCUCAACUCUGGUACGCGGCCUUCUACAUCGUCAUGCUCGGUCUUUCGAUGAUGGUCUGUGAAGUCUAUGGCCUCCAACUCCCCUGGUGGGGCGUCCUUAUCGCCUGCGUUCUCUCCUGGCUCCUCACUCUCCCGAUCUGUGCCAUGGCCGCCAUCACCGGUUUCAGCCCCGGUCUGAACGUCAUCACCGAGCUCAUCUGUGGAUUCAUGCUCCCAGGGAAACCCAUCGCCAACAUGGCCUUCAAGUGCUAUGGCUACAUGGCCAUGGCCCAGUGCAUGACCCUUCUCUCAGACCUCAAACUGGGCCACUACAUGAAGAUCCCCCCACGGGCUAUGUUCGUCUCCCAGUGCUGGGGCGCGGUCGUCGGAGGCAUUUUCAAUUACCUCACCAUGCUUGUCAUCAUCAACGCCCACCGCGACGUCCUCGUCUCCCCCGAAGGCGACCCCGCCGGUGUCUGGGCCGGCAACAAUCCCAAGAUCUUUUGGGGGUCUGCCCAAAUCUAUGGCGCCCUCGGCCCACAACGGAUGUUCAGCUCUGCUGGCGGGUACAGUUUCGUCUACUACGGCUUCCUCCUUGGUGCCAUCCUCCCCAUCAUCCUCUGGGCUCUCUCCAAGAAGUGGCCCAAAGUUUCCUGGGAAAAGUUCAACAUCACCAUCAUUGCCGGAGGAAUGAGCGCCUUCAGCAACGGAUUGACCCAAGGAAUCCUAGGAAGCGUUAUUGUCGCGUUUAUCUGGCAGUUCUGGCUCUUUCGCUACCACAAGAACUGGUGGUCAAAGUACACCUUCAUCCUAUCGGCUGCCCUCGACACGGGCGCCGCAUUUACGGGGUUAUUUAUCUUUAUUUUCUUUGCGGGUGGGUUGAGUAACAAGAUGGUUGUGAAGGCGCCUACGUGGUGGGCGAAUUAUGUUCUUCCGGAUGGGUCGAAUGGUGUGUAUGCGAAUAUUAAUCGGUGUGGUGCUGCUAAUCAAAACUGGACCAGCGGUACCCUCGACCAUUAG